UAAAUACUCGUUUUCCAAGUUCGAACUCGAAGAUGUUGCAAUCGAACGGUAGUUCUCUGCCUUUGACAUCCUUGAAUCACAUAUCACUCGUAUGUGCAUCAAUCGAACAAUCCUUGAAUUUUUACCAAGACAUUCUUGGGUUCUUCCCUAUCCGAAGGCCUGGUUCUUUCGAUUUUAAUGGAGCAUGGCUAUUCAAUUAUGGAAUUGGGAUUCAUCUUCUGCAAUCUGAGCAUCCUGAAAAGAUGACCAAGAAAACCGAAAUUGAUCCAAAGGACAAUCAUAUCUCCUUUCAGUGUGAAAGUAUGGUUGCAGUGGAAAAGAAGCUCAAGGAAAUGGGAAUCGAAUAUGUGCAGAGGGUUGUAGAAGAGGGAGGAGUUCAUGUUGAUCAGCUGUUCUUCCAUGACCCAGAUGGUUUCAUGAUUGAGAUCUGCAACUGUGACAACCUCCCUGUAGUCCCACUUGCAGGGGACUCAGUUCGUAUGUGUUCCAGAAUCAAUUUAAAGCACCAACAGCAACAGAAACAGGUGCAGCAGCAAACUACGGUUCAAUGUUUACCUACAACUGCAGUUCAUGUGAAGGAAGAUGACUAUCUAUCUUGUGCUUAGAUCAUGCUAGAGAACCUUUCUCUUGUCAGUUUUGAAUGAUCUCAUUCUUAUUUGGUGUCCCCCAUGGUUUUGUAAUUUACAAUAAAGAUGAU